CUGUCGUCUCCCAACGACAAGAAUUCUUUGAUUUGUGAUUCAGUGGAAUUGAUCGUGAAUCUGCAAUGAUUUCAUUUCAAUUUUGAGGGUUCUGUACAGAUCAUUCAAAAAGAUUUGGAUUUUGCUGAUUUUUGCUCAUUUUACGCGUUUUUUUAUUAAAUUUACUCAGUUUACUAUAUUUCACACAUAAAAACCAUUAUUCUGUCGUUAUCAAAGGACUUUUGGUGUUUCGUAUCAGUUUUUUGAGAAUAUCCGAACAUAUUUAGCCGUUUCAAUUAUGAACGGCGCAAAUAGUCCUUGGUUCAAAGGAAAACCAUGCCAAGUAAACAACUGCAAGAGCGUUUGGUACUUCACUAAUUCUGGUCAAACAUUCUGUCGUAGAGGACAUGCACAAGAGGGUUUAAUUGAAAUUGCUGAAGAUGACGAGCCGGGCUCUUUAGCUGCACCCACCAGACGUAGAAAGGCUGUCGCAAACAAUUUGGAAAGCGCCCCAACGUCUUUUGUACUUUACGGUACAGAGGGAAAAGUUUUGUUUUUGAAGGUAAUGCAACACAUUCUUCAACUUCAAACACAUGCGUUGGUAAACGAACUUGGAGUAGAUCAGCGUUGUGAAGCAGUCAUACGUUCUUUGUGGGCAGUAAUUGUUUCUAAUGUAUUCAAAAGCUCUGCCUUUCAUCAAAACCUGGCCGAGGCUAUUAACGAGACUGUACAGCAACAACCCAAUAGUGAAGAGGACUCUGACUUGGAAGACUUUGAGCACCUACCCUCUUCUGAACAACAAGACGAAGUUAAGGUUGACAAGGAAAUGGAAUGGCCAAAACUGAUUCAUAGCUUGGCUCUAAUACAGAUUGGAUGUUUAUUACUUCGACUUCCUGUCACCACCUCUGAUAUUCAGUAUUGGACAUCGACAAACAAAAUCCCAUAUAUGCAAGCAUAUAAUCUUUUACCAAAUACUCUACGGAUACGGCUUCAUGUCGGCUAUGUCCGACAAAUUACUCCAAAAGUGCAACCUUCAACAGAACGUAUUCAUGAAUCUGUGGGGUUAAUGAUACGGUUCUUCUCUGAGAAGAUUUCUCUUUUAAUUCCUUCCUUGAAUACUCCACUCAUUCUACAAUCUUACCUGAAACGCCUUGUCCUUCCACCCGAACUCCUAUUACCGACCCUUCGGCUUCGAAAUGUUUUUCACUUGGACCUGAGUUAUCACCAAUAUACAAACUCGGAAACUGGUUAUAAACGCUUACAUCCUCACAAAUCACCCGAAGUUUUGCUAAUGGCUUGUUUAAUCAUCAUUCUAAAUAUGUGCUACGGCUUAUCCUAUUCCCAAGGAAAACCGAAUUCCAAUAUGGAUGCUUCUAUAGUUUUGCCGAAUUGGGAUCGGUGGUUGCGCAGCCAUCAAACCAAAAAGACUCCAGCCUUAGAGGAAUCUUCGGAUUUCGUCGAAAGAGACAUACUCAAAAUGGAUGCAAAGGAUCUCGAUAAUUAUCUGGAUUGGUUCGAAAACACGUGGGUUGUAGAUGAAAACCCAAAUAAUAUACCAUCUGGUUUAUUACAGUUGUUUCCUUUGCAGUCAAAGGACACCGAUACACACAUGCAAAAUAGCGAAGCAGAAAGUGUAGCUCACUCAGAUGAUUUGUAUCAGCUGCAAGAAAAACAAAGUGCUUUUAACACUUGCCAGACUUUCAAAAGCAGAGGAAAGGACAAUAGUACUGCUGCUGGUCAGCUUUACGUACCAUUAACAGCAAGUAAAAAAAUGCACUUAGAUACCGCUAAUGGAAUAUUCUCUGCAGCAGCUAAUGUCCUCAGAAUUGAAUCACAUCAGGUGUAUUUGGCAGUUCGUUCUCUGGAGAAAAAGCUGAAAGAUUUUGCUGACUUGUAAGAUCAUUGGUAUAUUAUGAUUCUGUGUUUUGUUCAUAUAGUAAUUCCCAUAACCGAUUAGAGUAGAAAAAUGGAUCAUUCUUUUGUGUAAUCUGGACAACACU